AAACGGCAGACGGGUAGCGAGCGGGUGGCGCAUUUAAAUAUUGCGCAAGUUUGGAAUCUGAUUCUGAACAGCGAUGUUUAUUACAGGCACUGCCUACAGUGCUGACCACUGAGGUUAUAAACUGUCUGCAAUAUGAUCUGUGUCCUGUUUUUCCUCUCCGGAAUAAAUCUAGCAAUGGCGAUGUUUCCGUUUGAUGAGAUUAGGCUAAAUACCCAAUACACUGAUGUCCGAAUUAAGGUCAGCAGAGGUGAUGACAGGAUAACAAGAUCUACCGGUCAAGCAAACUCUCUAUCGGUGUCCUUCAACAUUAGCGAUACACUACUAGACUUUCAUCUGACCAGGAACGACGAAAUUCGUACUAAUGUGCCUAUAUACACAGCUGAUGAUAAAGGAAACAUAAAAACACAGAGGAUUUCAGAACUAGAGGAGGUCACCUAUUAUCAAGAUAUCCGAAAUGGAGCCUCUUUUAUGAUGAGACCCAGCCAUUCAUCAUGCAUGACAGGAGUAUUUCUGCAUGGAAGAACAGAAUAUAUAAUGGAACCGAAAACAGACUGCACAUCUGUCCUAGAUAGUAAGAUGGAGUACAGAAUUACUCAAUUUAACAGAACAAGUCGGCCAAACAUGGACGCGCUAAAAUCUGGUUUACAUCGGGGUGGACCGUCUCAUAAAUCAAAGAACAGGGUUCUAAGACAAAGGCGGCAAGUCUCGGAUUACAAAAUAGAGACUCUCCUCGUUGUUGACUAUGCCAUUUAUAACUAUUGGUAUUCACAAAGCAAAGCAUCUACUACUGUCGGCAAGGACGAAGAGGCCAAAGCUAGCAUACGACAGUUCUACGCCUUCAUAAUCAAUGGGAUGGAUGUUCGCUACAAAAAUAUCCAGACUUCUGCUUAUAAAAUUUCAAUUUUAUUUUCUGGAAUUUACAUUGCCGACACUCCAUCCAAGUCACAAUUUACAGAAAACAAUAAAGUCACCACGGUCUCUGGUACUCAAGUAGAUUCCCACACUGCUUUAGAGGCCGUGACGUCAUGGAUACAGAGCACGCCGGGAUUACCACAACACGACCACGCCAUGAUGUUUACAAGAUACGAUUUUACAAAAGACGGAUCUUCAGACAAUGCAGGCCUUGCGUGGUUGAGUGCCGUGUGCACAGACCAGUCCGUGUCUGUGGUUGAGGAUCACUUUGAUUUCAUAGUACUCACAGUAGCAGCUCACGAGUUAGGACACGGAUUGAGUGCGGAACAUGAUGGGACCGUAAACAGUUGCAGUAGCAGCGACAAUUACAUCAUGGCAGCCAGUUCUGUGCCAGCGGAUAACCAAAAUCCCUGGAAAUUCUCCACUUGUUCAACCACCUAUUUCACAACAUACAUCGACAGACUUAAUAGGGAAAAUAAUAAUUGCAUGACUGUGCUGAGUCCCGAUAACAACCCUGACGCCCUGAAGCAAUACACUGCACUUCCGGGAGAAAUCUAUGACGCAGACGCACAGUGUCAACACAUUGUAGGACCGGGGUCUUCACUUUGUAAGAACCCAUACAAUCAAAACUUUACGUCCAUCUGUACAAAACUAUGGUGCAAAAAGACUGAUGGAAGUAAUGCAUGUGUCUCGGCCGUGGGUGGGGACGGUAUGCAAUGUGGAAAUAAAAAGUGGUGUAUUUCUGGUGUCUGUACCUAUGACGAGUGUGCACCUCCUGGAGACGAAUCUUGUUUAUAUGGUGAUAGAGAAGGCGUGGUAAUCACCUACAAUGAUCCAGAGGGGCGUCACGAGAUCAGCUGUUCCUUCAACGACAUAAAGAAAUAUCCGUUCCUCUGCCAUUCCAUCCAAAGUCAAUGUUGUCGACAGUGUCAAAACUUCUUCACUGGAAUAACAGGCUGUGAAUAUGGAGAUAAGACAACGGGAUGCUCCACUUUGCAUUGUCCCAAUAAUCCAAAUGUUUGCUGUGGUACCUGCUACUCCGGUCCCGCGAUAACCACACCGGCACAAGAACCGACGACACCCACGUACCAAAGUCCCUGUAGGACAAAAACCGCAUCUACAGCCACAACAACACAGUCAACAACACAAUCAACAACACAGUCAACAACACAAUCAACAACGACAGGCACAGCACCAUUGACAUCAAACCAAGUGUUAUCUACAACAGCAAAGUUAACACCAGAUCCCUCCUACCUGUUCACCUUCACGAUAACGCUGUUGAUUGACAUUCCAGACGAUUUGUCAGUCAGUGCUUUAAGGACUGCCGUUAUUUCCAAGUUACAGGCAGCGCUGAGUUUAUUAUACAGCAGUAAACUGGGUGUCCAAUACAUAAGCUGCGUUGUCAGAACUGUGAGCAAAGGAAGUUUGAUCGUUGGUUAUGAUGUACAAACAACAAUGACUUCUCAAGCGACAGCUGACAUCACCUCCCUCUCCAAGGAUUUUAUAUCAGGAAGAUCUACAGUGACGUAUGACGGACAGGAAGUGACAGUGUCGUCUGUAUCUCUUACAGACACGUCAGGAAAGUUUCUUUCCAUUAGCCAGAGUACAACAAACUGUGAAAUUCAGAAUGCAGUCAGCCCCUGCCCUGCCGAUUACACGUGUGAGGACUCGGGCAGUGGACCAGUGUGCACGGAAAAUCCUACGGAAAAUUUCCUAGAGAAAUACCGGAAUUACAUCAUCUAUGCUGGCGCAGGCGCGUUAGUUUUGAUUCUGUUAUUUGUGACGUGCAUUUGCUGCCUUCAUAAGAAAAGAAACCGGAGACGUUCCAGCGUGAAGAGAAGCCCCCCGCUUCAUGGAGUCACAAAUCAGGCUAUGGAUGAAUUUUAUAAUGGGAAAAAGAGAAACCCCUACCACGGCGCCCGGUAUUGAGAAUCUUCAAGGUUAAUUGAGAAUCUUCAAGGUUAUGUAACUUAAGUGUUCAUCUACAAUUUACAUACGGUUAGUUGUGCCAAAUUUAUUACCAGAUUCAAUCAAAGUGUUAUUUUUGUACAAUUUUUUUAUGUGUGUACAUCGCUAAAAAAAAUAAAGGGUGAUUAAUGUUGAUACAAUCUUCACCGCAGUGUUUAGAACUUCUGCUUUACUGUAGCUCAUCUUGUGUAAUUCUAUCAAAUAAGGUGUUUAUUUAUCACUCCAUCAACUUAUACAGGUGUUCAUAAUACUCAGUAUUGUUAUAGUCAUAUUUCUGUGUGUGAUUUAAAACGUUAUUUAUAUUGACAGGAUGAAAUACACAUUGCAAAUGGCA